AUGCCUCCCAUACCAGUUCACAUCAACGACCCAAUCGUGCCGACCAAAGCAGAAGGAGUGAUACCGAAGACCGCAGAGCAGCAAGCCCCUCCCAGCAACAAUACACCGACAACGACCACACAAAACCAGCCUUCAGCAUACCCUCCAGCACACCCUGGCGCAGCCGCCGUGCCUGCGCCCACACCUUACGCAGCUCCACCACCUCCUGCACCUUCAAGAACACAGCCAGCCUCCAAUGGCCCUCCCCCACCACAACCAGGCGCCGUGCCUAUUCCGCCGAGUCAGCAAGCAUCGAGCACACUUCCGCCGCCUCCAAGAGCGGGGGAGACACUACAACAACAGCCUCCUGCAACAACCAUGCCCGCGCAGAUGUCCAUGCCUCCUCCCCAGCAGAACUUCGCGCCCACCCACACCACUUCUACAACCUCAGCAACUGGUCCUACAACCGUAAAUCUAGGCCCUGUAGCCUCGCAAAGCCAGAACCUAGACACACAUCCGCCCGGCUAUCGGCAGGACACGCACGCGCAGGAGCUCACGUCAGCGCAGCGGGCGAGUCUGGAGCAAGAGGAGCGGAGGGAGAGUGUGCUUGGAGAAGGGGCGGGAGAGGCCGUGGGUGGAGUUUGGGGGACUGUGAAGGGUUGGGUGGGCGCGGCGGGUGAGGGGCUGAAGGAUGCGGAGGAGAGGGUUUGGAAGGGUUUGGGGAAUGGGGGCGGGAAGUAA